ACGUAAUCCAUUCCGGAAUACUGUUCGACUUCCAAGAUGUUUGAAAACCAAAGCUGCUACUUCUGGAAGCAUUUACUUCUGGAAAACUCAAUACGGAAACUGCGUGGCACAUUCGACUUCCGAAAAGCGUUCGAAAACUGAAGCAGUUACUUCCGGGUUUUCGGCAUUUGAAAACCGAAACGUUUGACUUCUGAGACGUUCGAAAACCGAGGUACAACUGUACGUACAACCAUUUUGUUUGCGUGAGUAAUAAACCACACAUUUUCCUUACUCUUCCCACCAACAAUCUUGCCAGACUACUUAUUUCUGCAGUAAGUUUACCAAACUCCAACAAGGGGGACACGGUGGGCAGUUUGGUCCGAACACACCAGUGAACCCAUUGUAGCAACCCUGCAAAUUUCCCUGCCCAGCACAAACCUUGUCCCUCGCACUUCUGGUACACAGCAGUGUUGUCAGGGUGUGUGUGUGUGUUUGUGUGCUCACCUCUGCUCCUCCUCACCGGCCACACCUGCAUUUUGUGUACUAACAGGCCAACUCAGAAAUCCUGGAUUAGGAGGAAGAUGUAUCAAUGGGACCCUUACUUUCGAUUCCCAAGCAGAAUGAUUGCCACUGCUGUCCUUCUCUUUGUCUCCCUUUAUACAGUAAGUAAAGGAGCUGCAUGACCUGAUUCCCUGAGCUGGCAAAGCGUAGCUGCUUCUCUUAAAUUCUUCAGUAGCUGUGCUAGAGCCUAGUCUCCAUGUGUUGGAGACCAGAUUAAAUAAUGGAUGUCUGCAGGGCCGGAUUUAGGUUUGAUGAGGCCCUAAGCUACUGAAGGUAAUGGGGCCCUUUAUAUGUCCAGCUAUCUUUUGUCUACAACAAAUUGUCACUGUUUUUUUGUGUUGAAUAUAUGCUAUAUGGUAAUUUAUGGACCUAAUAGGUAUCUAAAGCCAUUUGCACAAAAAAAUAGGAGCCUACAGAGCCUACACAACACAAAACACUGUUGCUGUAUGUAGGUUUUAUUUUAUUUGUUUUUUUAAAUCUUAUAUUCUGGAAAUGUGCAUCCAGGUUUUUUUCCCUUUAAAUUUUUUGGAGGCCCUAAUCUAUAGCUUGUUUAAGGGGGAGCAGGUGGUGCUGUGGGUUAAACCACAGAGCCUAGGACUUGCCGAUCAGAAGGUUGGUGGUUCGAAUCCCCACGAUGGGGUAAGCACCUGUUGUUCGGUCCCUGCUCCUGCCAACCUAGCAGUUCUAAAGCACGUCAAAGUGCAAGUAGAUAAAUAGGUACCACUGCGGCGGGAAGGUAAACGGCGUUUCCGUGCGCUGCUCUGGUUCGCCAGAAGUGGCUUAGUCCUGCUGGCCACAUGACCUGGAAGCUGUACGCCGGUUCCCUCGGCCAGUAAAGCGAGAUGAGCGCCGCAACCCCAGAAUCGGUCACGACUAGACCUAAUAGUUAGGGGUCCUUUUAAGCUAUAGCUUGUUUAGCUUAUACGUAAAUCUGGCACUGAAGCUAAGGGUGGUGGUGGCGAUGUGCUUGGUGCCAGUCUAGUCUUUUUUAAAAAAUAAAGUUGAUUGGCAUAAAAACAUACAGAAUACAAUAAAAAUGAUGGAUAUUGUGAAUAAAAAUAUAUGUGAAGUUAGAAAAAUUAAAACAGAUUCAGAGAAGGGCUAACCGCCCCCCCUCAAGAAACUACUGAAAAGACAGUGCUGUAUUCAAUUGUUGCAUAUGAGAAGAAAGGUAAAAGGUAAAGGGACCCCUGACCAUUAGGUCCAGUUGUGGCUGACUCUGGGGUUGUGGCGCUCAUCUCGCUUUAUUGGCCGAGGGAGCCAGCGUACAGCUUCCGGGUCAUGUGGCCGGCAUGACUAAGCCGCUUCUGGCGAACCAGAGCAGCGCACGGAAACGCCAUUUACCUUCCCGCUAGAGCGCUACCUGUUUAUCUACUUGCACUGGUGUGCUUUCGAACUGCUAGGUUGGCAGGAGCAGUGACCGAGCAACGGGAGCUCACCCUGUCACGGAGAUUUGAACCGCCGACCUUCUGAUCGGCAAGUCCUAGGCUCUGUGGUUUAACCCACAGCGCCACCCGCGUCCCAAUGAGAAGAAAAGGGUGGGUCAAUUCUAAGGGCAGGGGUGUGUGCCUGGUGCCAGUCUAGUCUUCAACUUAUUCUAGAUUCCUUACAAUGGCUGCAUUUGCACAUAACCAGAAGCCAUGGUUUUUAGCGCUGUGUGGCUGAGCUGCAGUGAUUCUGAGCAAAGUGUUGGGCUCGCAUGCUCCUCCCACCCUGUCCUCCUCGCAUUUGGAUGGGUGGAAGACUUCUGCAAUAUUUUGCUUCACUUUCAAAGAAUAUCAGUCUGUUGUGAUGUACCAACCAGGGAUCCUGCUUGAAACAGGCUCUGGUUUGUUAAACAAACCAGCUGUGUAAUUCCAUAGUUUGAAGCUGGCCUGUUUUGAAACAAGUUGUGGGAAUGUGUCCAUGUAGCACUAAAGCAUAGUUUGACAUUAUAAGCAAAUGCAGUAGGUGCUUCCAAAAUAAAUAAAUCAUUGUUUUAAUAGCUCCCUUUCCUUUCCUUCUCAAAUCAGUCGAGAAACACUAGGCUGGAUCUAGACACAUCAAAAAAUGUUGAAGGAUGCCAUCUGGUGUCAGUGUUAUAAUGCAUUUAAAACACCUUUCCCUCCCUAUUUUCUUCACUAAUGUAGCUGAGUCCCUAGUGACAUUAACUGCACAAGUUAAAGACCACCCUAUAUCUUCCUUUAUAUCAUUCAGCAGAGAGACAUAACGAUUUCUGAAUAGUUUCUUGGUCCUUUGUCAUUUCUAGGUACAGUUGUACCUUGGAAGUUGAGCAGAAUCCGUUCUGGAAGUCCAUUUGACUUCCAAAACGUUCGGAAACCAAAGCAUGGCUUCUGAUUGGCUGCAGGAAGCUCCUGCAGCCAAUCGGAAGCUGCGGAAGCCCCGACGGAUGUUUGGCUUCCAAAGAAUGUUCACAAACCAGAACACUCACUUCCGGGUUUGCUGCAUUUGGGAGCCAAAACGUUCAACUCACAAGGCGUUCUGGAUGCAAGGUAUGACUGUAUAUUAAUAACUAGUUACAGUGGUACCUUGGGUUACAGAUGCUUCAGGUUACAGACGCUUCAGGUUACAGACUCCGCUAACCCAGAAAUAGUACCUCGGGUUAAGAACUUUGCUUCAGGAUGAGAACAGAAAUCGUGCAGCAGUGGCAGCAGGAGGCCCCAUUAGCUAAAGUGGUGCUUCAGGUUAAGAACAGUUUCAGGUUAAGAAUGGACCUCCAGAACAAAUUAAGUUCUUAACCUGAGGUACAACUGUAUUAUUUUUAUUUCAAAAAAGCAUAAUAUGUUGUUUUAUCCUAUCAUUUUUCUUUUGAGAUAGCCACUGUUGUUAUCUUCAUCUUCUGUGUAUCCUCCAGUUUGUUGUAGGUGAAUUUAUUGUAUCCAAGUUUAUUUUCGACACGCUAAAAAAUCUUAAAACAUUGCUAGACCAGCUGCUUCAAUCUUCUCCUGGUGAAUUAGAAGAAACCAUGGCCCUUUCCAAGUCUUUUGGAGAAUUCAAUACCGUUGUAGAAGGUAGGGGAAAAGUUUUGCAUCCUAAAUCUAACUAUUGUAUUAUUUGGAGGAGGACCUGCUGGGGCUAGAUGGACGGAGGGUAUUAUAUGAAUCCAAAGAAUCUAUAUUUGCAUCAGCCACUAGCCAUAACAACAAAACAAAACAAAACAAAACAAAACAAAACAAAACAAAACAAAACAAAAUGUACUGAAGAUAGAGGUAAAAACUUAACUAUACAAAAUACUGUAUUUUUCGCUCUAUAAGACGCACCAGACCACAAGACGCACCUAGUUUUUGGAGGAGGAAAACAAGAAAAAAAAUAUUCUGAAUCUCAGAAGCCAGAAUAGCAAGAGGGAUCGCUGCGCAGCGAAAGCAGCAAUCCCUCUUGCUCUUCUGGCUUCUGGGAUAGCUGCGCAGCCUGCAUUCGCCCCAUAUGACGCACACACAUUUCCCCUUACUUUUUAGGAGGGGAAAAGUGAGUCUUAUAGAGCAAAAAAUACGGUACAUUUUGGAGGUUUCAAUCAAUAACCAAAUAAUAGAUCUUAUUCUAAUUGACCCUGCUAAAAACCUUGCAGUUUUUGCUGUCGCCUGAUCAUCUUGAUCUGCUAAAAAAAAGGUCACCGUAGCUGAGUGACCCAGCAUGGACAAUAGUAGAGGGGUAAUAACCUCAGCCAUGAUUUGACUCAUGGCUCUGAGUUUCUCAUCUCUGCUUAUAAGCAUCGUGGUGCUCUGCUCUGGGAGGGGUGUUCCAUGUUCAGAAGUUCAGGUUUCUUCUCUGGAUGUUGACAAACCCUAGCGCUUUAGCAUGGCCAGAUCUCAACGUAAAAAGUUUUCAUGUGGUGUAUCCAUUUAAGUUUUGCCCUUCCAAAUCUACCCUGAGAGGUUCACAAGCAAAGAACCAAGAAGAGGUUUAAAGCAAGGAUACAUGUUUAUCCCUAUAUGAUUAAAAGGCAGAUGUUGUAGCACAUCAGAGUUUCAGUACAGUACAGAUGUUUAGAAGUGAUAAGCACAUGUUUUGCAUUGUUUGUUUUCAAACUGAAAGUGUUUCUGGCAUGGCUAAGUCAGUUCAUAUUUUCCAAUGUGUUCAAAGAAUAUUGUAUGGAUUGUGUCUUUUUGCUUCUUUCACAGGUGUUUGGAUUUGCACAACUGUUGCUUCCUCUGUCAUGAGUGUUGCUUACGUACUGUUAAUGUUAGCCUGCUACAGGUAUGGAUAAGCUGUGGAUAUCCUAGGGCAAAAAUAAUACUGGCAAUUGCCUUAUCAGGAUUUGGGAAUGUCCACUGGGCUUGACCACUGGCACGGACAUUCCCUCUUCCCCUUCAGAUUUGAUAACUGUGGUUAGCAUGGUUUUCAUAUGGGCAUUUUCGCUGGCGACAAACCACGGUUGACAGUGUGGGGUAAUAGUGAGCUUGCUAUACUGUGGUCUGGGCAAACUGUGGUUAGCGAAAAUGCCAGUGGAGACAUAAUACUAACUGUGGCACUGCUGCUUCAUCACUUGCUAGAUCAGACCCUUGCUAGAUCCACAAAUGGAGAAUGCUUUUUCAUGUGGUCUUCCAGUGAAACUGCUCCAACUGUUUCCCUAACAAAGCAGCAGUAAUAAUAAUAAUAAUAAUAAUAAUAAUAAUAAUAAUAAUAAUUUAUUAUUUAUACCCCGCCCACCUGGCUGAGUUUCCCCAGCCACUCUGGGCAGCUCCCAAUCAAGUGUUAAAAACAGCAAGACAAGUGUUAAAAAAAGCAAGACUUUGUGGUACAGUCAUACCUUGGGAUGAAUAUGCUUCAGCUUAAAUAUUUUCGGGUUGUGCUCCACAGCGACCUGGAAGUAAUGGAGCACAUUACUUCUGGGUUUCGCCGCUCGUGCAUGCGCAGACGCACAAAAUGAUGUCAUGCGCAUGCGCAGAAGUGGCGAAACGCGAUCCGCGCAUGCGCAGACGUGCAGUCGCGUCUUACGUUCGCUUCAGGAUGCGAACGGGGCUCCGGAACGGAUCACAUUCGCAUCCAGAAGUACCACUGUACUGUCAUAAGCCGAUGAAGUUGGAUGGAAACUGUGGAGGGUUUUUAUAUGCAACAAUAAAAAACUUUUUUUUUAAGGUGAGCUUGAACUGAUUAUUCCUGGGGAAUCUGCAACUGAGCUUCUCUUGUGGUGGUGGCAUAUAUGCCAACUCCCUGGCAUCCUAGGUGCCCAAGCACCCACAAAAUUGCCCACGAAGGGGCUGUUGUUGUUGUUGUUUAGUCGUGUCUGACUCUUCGUGACCCCAUGGACCAGAGCACGCCAGGCACUCCCAUCUUCUACUGCCUCCCGCAGUUUGGUCAAACUCAUGCUGGUAGCUUCGAGAACACUGUCCAACCAUCUCGUCCUCUGUCGUCCCCUUCUCCUUGUGCCCUCCAUCUUUCCCAACAUCAGGGUCUUUUCCAGGGAGUCUUCUCUUCUCAUGAAGUGGCCAAAGUCUUGGAGCCUCAGCUUCAGGAUCUGUCCUUCUAGUGAGCACUCAGGGCUGAUAUCCUUAAGAAUGGAUAGGUUGGAUCUUCUUGCAGUCCAUGGGACUCUCAAGAGUCUCCUCCAGCACCAUAAUUCAAAAGCAUCAAUUCUUCGGCGAUCAGCCUUCUUUAUGGUCCAGCUCUUACUUCCAUACAUCACUGCUGGGAAAACCAUAGCUUUAACUAUACGGACCUUUGUUGGCAAGGUGAUGUCUCUACUUUUUAAGAUGCUUUUUAAGAUGGAGGGGCUAGGCACCCACAAAUUUCAGUGCCAGGGCCAUGCACGCUGCAUGGCACCCAUGGCCCAGGGCAAUCACAGUUGCGGGGGCAAGUUGGCACUUCUGGCUGGUGGUGACGACACACAAAUUUCCUUCUUCUAAGUGUGUGAUAGAUUCUUAGGGGGGAAGCAGCCAAUGUGGUGCUCUACAAAUGCCGUGGGACUACAAUUCCCAUCAGUCUAAACCAGCGUGGCCCGUGGUCAGGGAUGAUGGGUAUUGUAGUCUAGCAAUAUCAGGAGGGCACCACGCUGCUCCUGAUUUUAGGUAUCUGGCUACUGAUGCUAAAAUCGAGACUUUCCCCUUCUUGUGUCGUGCAGAUGUUAGAGGAGGUGUGAAGGUAGCCUUCCCUAACCUGGUUGCUUCCAGAUGUUGUCAGACUACAAUUCCUAUCAUCCCUGACAUGCUGGCUGGGGAUGAUGGGACCUGCCUUUCAAAAGAUCCAGAUGUCACCUACUAGAGCGAUGUCUCCAAACACUUUAAAAAACAUUUUCCUCACUAGAAAACACAUAAAGAAGCUGCGGGCAGGCAAGAAGUGCUACUUUCUGACGGAAUCGGAAUCGGAAACUGUGCCAUCUACUCAAUGUGUGGUGAGUUUUUACUCCUAACCUCCUAUUUUCACCCCAUAUAGGAGUUUUCAUUCCUAUACCUGAAGGAGCAUCUCCACCCCCAUCGUUCAGCCCGGACACUGAGGUCCAGCUCUGAGGGCCUUCUGGCAGUUCCCUCACUGUGAGAAGUGAGGUUACAGGGAACCAGGCAGAGGGCCUUCUCAGUGAUGGUGCCCGCCCUGUGGAACGCCCUCCCAUCAGAUGUCAAGGAAAUAAAAAACUAUCUGACUUUUAGUAGACAUCUGAAGGCAGCCCUGUAUUGGGAAAUUUUUAAUGUUUGAUGUUUGACAAUUUUAAUGUGCUGUAAGCUGCCCAGAGUGGCUGGGGAAACCUAGCCAGAUGGGCAAGGUAUAAAUAUAAUAAUAAUAAUAAUAAUAAUAAUAAUAAUAAUAAUAAUAAACGCCUUAAAAAUCCCAGCAUGGAUGUGGUGGACCUGGACACCCUUUCAGUCAAAAGUCAACUUACAGUCACUUUACCAGAGCCAAGUUUUUCGCUUUGAGAUUCCGGGACCUCUUCCUAGGCAGUUGAGAAAAGUAGAUGGGUAGAGAACAUAUUUAUUGUGGAAUUGUUUUGAUUUCAUGAAAGCCCUCUUAGUUACCCCUUAGAUCAACCUCCCCCAGCCUGGUCCUCUCCUAUUGUUGAUGGACUCCAUUUCCCUGUGAGCCCUAGCCUACAUGGCCAGCAUUUGUGGAAUUGUAGUCCUGCAAAUCUGAAGGGCAUCAUGUUGGCUUCCCUUGCGUUAGACUGGAGUGCGGUGGAGAUAGCAGAAGUCCAGAAAAUGCGUUUUCAUUUCCUGAAAGGGAAUAACUGUUGGGAUACUGCCAGGGAGACAAAGUCCAUCAUGACUCCACAUCGUCUCUGGACGUCCAUCGAUCUCCCGUAGACACGCAGUAUCAGCAAUUAGCGACACGAGCUCCAGAAAUAGCCUGCCACAUUCCAGAGCUGAUGCACGCUCUAUCAGCAGAUAAUGCACAGCGAAAGAUGCACUCAGGAGAGCAUUAUUUACAAGUUUAUUCAGCGUUGAUCAGAACAAAGAAAACAUGACUGCCUGCUUCCGUGUCUCAGACAGAGAGAGAAACGAAAGCAUAGACACAACAGAAACAUCUUGUGAACAGGAAAUACGCAGGCUGUGACACAAACAUCCUGCUCCCUUUUAAGGUGGAACGGAAAUAUCCUAACAAUAACAAGUCCUGCAUAUAUUUCUAUGAGACACGGGGUGGCUAACCUUUUUUUGGCCAACCCAUGGGUGGGUUGCACAUACUAGCAAUGGAUGUGGCCAUCCAUUUCACACACACACAUUUGCACGACACACAGAGGCACAUGGUUUUUGCAGAUCAGUUGAGUAGAAGGGGGCUUUUGCCUAUUUUGAUCCAUUGUCACGGGGCCCCUAAAAGGUGUUGGGAUACUGCCAGGGAGACAAAGGCCACCAUGCCUCCACGUCGACUCCCGGUCUCCCGUAUGAACAGUAUCAGUCAAUUAGCGACACGAGCCUCAGAAAUAACUGUCCACAUUCCAGGACUCAUACACGCCCUUUUCGCAGAGUUUCCAAAUGGAAGAUUCACCAAGGAGAGCAGCAUAUUUACAGCUUUAUUCAGCGGUGGUCAGAACAAAGAAAAAACAUGACUGCCUGCCUUCCUGUCCAGGCAACAGAGAGAAACAAAAGCUAUAAACAAAGCAGAAACUUCCUGUGAGCAGGAAGUACGCAGGCUGUGACUCACAACAGCCUGUCCCCUUUUUAAGGUGGAACGGAAAUAUCCUAACAGGGUACAGGGCCCAUAGACCAGAGCCUGCUCUGCCUGUUUGGUAAUCUGGCACUGAUCUGGUUCAAGGUUACCUAGCUAGCUUAUUUUGUUUGUUGAAAUAUUUAUAAACCGCUGUACCAUAAAAACAUAUCAAAGUGGUGUACAAGUUUUUGUUUUAAAUAAAACUUCAUGGCUGAGUGGAGACUCUUUCCUGGAUUUUCCUGGUCUUAGUCUGACACUAACGACUAUACCCUGUAGAUGAAUUUUUGUGAACUGUGCCCAUUUUCCUAUAUAGGAGGGUGAGGGACGCGGGUGGCGCUGUGGGUUGAAGCACAGAGCCUAGGACUUGCCAAUCAGAAGGUCGGCGGUUCGAAUCCCCGCGAUGGGGUGAGCUCCCGUUGCUCGGUCCCUGCCAACCUAGCAGUUCGAAAGCACCUCAAAGUGCAAGUAGAUAAAUAGGUACUGCUCUGGCGGGAAGAUAAACGGCAUUUCCGUGCACGACUCUGGUUCACCAGAAGCGGCUUAGUCAUGCUGGCCACAUGACCCGGAAGCUGUACGCUGGCUCCCUCGGCCAAUAAAGUGAGAUGAGCGCCGCAACCCCAGAGUCGGCCAUGACUGGACCUAAUGGGCAGGGGUCCCUUUACCCUUUACCUAAGGGAGGGCAGGAGGUGCUGAACGCUCCCCCUCCCCUGAAACCCCAGCUAUUUCCCCCUCAGCGGGGCUUACUUCUAGUCUCAGAACCUAACUUUGAGAAGAAUGUCUGGUAAAAAUCAGGUUUGUGUGAUAACCCCACGUUCAAUUUGUUCACACAGUCCUUUAAAGUCAAUUCUCUUGCUUUAUUUAGGAACCUGAUUCUGACAUAAGGUUACAUGCUACUGUCAGGUUGGGGUUAGCCCCUUAGAUUUCAUAUGCUACUACUACUACUACUACUACUACUACUACUACUACUAAUAUUUUAUUACUUAUACCCCAGCCAUUUGACUGGGUUUCCCCAGCCACUCUGGGCAGCUUCCAACCAGAGAUUAAAAAUACAUUAAAACAUCAGUCAUUAAAAACUUCCCUAAACAGGACUGCCUUCAGGUGUCUUCUAAUCAUCAGAUAGUUGUUUAUUUCCUUGACAUCUGAUGGGAGGGCAUUCCACAGGGCAGGUGCCACCAACGAGAAGGCCCUCUGCCUGGUUCCCUGUAACAUCACUUCCGGCAAUGAGAGAAUCACCAGAAGGCCCUCAGAGCUGGACCUCAGUGUGUAGGCUGAACGAUGGGGUGGAGGCGCUCCUUCAGGUAUAGGGCUUUAAGGGUCAGCACCAACACUUGGAAUUGUGCUUGGAAACACAAUAGUUAUAUUUAUAUUUUUUGCUUCCAAAUUGUGUUUGUGGCAUGCCUGCAUAAACGAAUCGUCCUUUCUUUUUGUCUUCAUCAACAGCUAGCACUGGGAAGAUUCACUGCUUACCAAAUCGCAUACAUAAUAUGGGGUAUGUGAUAACUUGUCUCUCGGGCCUUUGGCAUAAGUUCAUAGGGGGCUGGUGUUACCAUCCGUCUCCCCCAAUUCCAUGUUGACAACUUUUAUCUUCCAUCCAGGUUACGUGAUCAUGCAUCUGAUGCAGUUUGUAGCUGGGAUGAUUCUUGUGUAUGUGAUUAUUUUGCCCAUGGUACAUGGUGAAUGGGCCAAACUUCUGGACAAGUGGGGAACCGUGAUGUAAGUGUCAGUUUUCAGAAGAAUAGCUCUCUUUUCUUAAAAAUAAUAACAGCUUUUUAUAAUUUGUAAACGAAAAAAAGAAAAAGGCUAACUUCUUUUGUUAAUGAUUACUUUAUAGUAUAUAUUACAGUCAUACCUCGGAAGUCGAACACCUUGUGAGUCGAAGGUUUUGGCGCCUGAAUGCCGCAAACCCGGAAGUGAGUGUUCUGGUUUGCGAACGUUCUUUGGAACCCGAACGUCUGACACGGGUUCUGUGGGUUCCUGCAGCCAAACAGAAGCCGCAAUUUGGUUUUUGAAUGUUUUGGAAGUCGAACGGACUUCCAGAACGGAUUCCGUUCGACUUCUGAGGUACGACUGUAUUUUAUAUAAAGGUUUUAACAGCUAAGCACUGUACAGAUUCCACUAAACAAAUAAAGAUUUUUUUUUAAAUUCACUGAUGAGGGAUUGAGGAUUCGAGUGAUUGUUCUGUGGCAUAGGAGCCAGUUCCUAGGGCCUGAGGUCCCUUUGCUCCCCCCGCAUAAAAUAUUUGAGGGAGUCAGGCCCCCUUAAAGUUGAUGGGCAUGUGUUGCGUCUUGUGAUCAAUUGGGGGGGGGCAUGGAGCAGACCCAUUGAAGUUAAUGGGCAUGCUUAUCUUAGGUCAGGCAGGUCCAAGGUCCAUCUCAGGGGCCUAAUCCAGCCCGCUGGUCGGUUAAAUCCGCCCGCUGUGGCAGUUUACUUCCAGGGGUAAAAUCCUAAAAAAACCUUAGCAAAAAAGGUCAACAACCCUCGUUGACUCUUUGGUUGGCCCUCACGGCCCUUCACUUCAUCAAAUCUGGCCCUCUUUGAAAAAAGUUUGUACACCACUGUCUUAGGUUCAUUCAUUUCAAGUAGGGAGCGGAUGGAGCUGUGGUCUAAACCACUGAGCCUCUUGGCCUUGCCAAUCAGAAGGUCGGCAGUUCGAAUCUGCGACAGAGUGAGCUCCCGUUGCUCUGUCCCAGCUCCUGCCAACCUAAUAGUUCUAAAGCAUGCCAGUGCAAGUAGAUAAAUAGGUACCACUGCGGUGGGAAGGUAAAUGGUGCUUCUGUGCGCUCUGGUUUCUAUCACGGUGUUCCAUUGCGCCAGAAGCAGUUUAGUCAUGCUGGCCACGUGACCCGGAAUGCUGUCUGUGGACAAACGCCGGCUCCCUUGGCUUGAAAAGCGAGAUCAGCGCCGCAACCCCAGAAUCGCCUUUGACUGGACUUAACUGUCUAGAGGGUCCUUUUACAUUCAUGUCAGUUGGUCUGAGUAGAACUUACCUGAAAACAACUCUAUCUCCACUUCCUUGCAGUGGUUAUAAUUUUCUUAAAAUAGUUUCAUCUUCCUUUUCUGCCUCACAGUCUUUCAUUUGUCCUCGUCAUGCUUUUGAGGAGGCUGGAGUUGUUUGCAGGUUCUCGAGUCUUUCUUCAGCCGAAGAUUUCACCAAAAGACGAUCAGAGACCUCUGGCACUUGACAACAGGUUGGUAUCAGGGAGUGAGACUAUUCCUGGUAUUCAAUUCCUUGAAUAAAGGUAUUCCAUUAGGGCACCUAGGAAAACCACGCAAGAUGGGGAGAUGGGAAGUCUCCCUCAGGAGGUUGUGGACUUUCCUUCCUUGGAGGGUUUUAAUCAGAGAUUGGAUGGUCAUCAUGGAUGCUUUUUUGUUUUUUAGAUUCCUGCGUUGCAGGGGGUUGGACUAGAUGACCCCUGGGUCCCUUCCAACUCUACAAUUCUAUGAUUCUAUGAGCUAUCUCUGCAGCAUGUUAUAUUUAUAAAAAGGCCACCACUGAUUAUCUGUUUCUUCAUUCGUUUUUUUAAUGGUGAUGAAACUCUUGCUUUCUCCCUUCCCACAAUCUGAAAUGUUCCCUCUGCCACAAGAUUCUUCUGAACAUGUUGAUCAGCUCCAAGUUGCAAAUCCUUCGAGUCCCUAAACAAACCUUCUAUGACACCCGUAGUCCAUAGUCUUUUUCAGAACCAGAAUUUACCUUUAAACCCAUGUUGCAAAAUGGCGCCCACCUUUAAUUUUUUAAAUCAUAUAUGACUCUCUGUCUCCUCCCUGUCUUCAGAUUUCUGUCUCUGCUUGUCUUUUCAUAUUCUGGUCUGCCUAUAUUCCUUAUUAAAAACCAAUAAACCAGGCAUAAUGAACUUAGUGCUCUUCAGAUACUGUUGUACUACAAUUCCCAUCAUCUCUGACCAUUGACUAUGCUGACUGAGGCUGAUGGGAGUUGCUAGUCCAAUAAUGUCUACUUUGACUCCCCCUGCUGCAAACAAAGGGAACUGCAAUGGCGCCGCUUGUGUAAUUCAAGUCAAAGUGCUACCCUCUUGUAUUCCAGGAGAGGUGAUUAAUGGGGUGAAAUCACUUAUGUCUAUUUCCCGUUAUUUACAUGCAUUUGUAUAUCUGUAUUUUCUUGGAAGCAACAGGCUCUUUCUAAUACCUUCUUGCGGUCCAGGGUUAAUGCAGUAAAGCUUUUUCAACCGUUCAACAAGUACAGUUAUUCAAAUUCAACAACUUUAAUUAUAUAGUACUAUAUGACCUUUAUUUCCUUAAGCUACGCGCAGGAACAAUCACUAAGCAUUUCUGAAUAUUGUAGCAAACUCAGUGCAACCGCACCUGCCUUCAAAUUCAGACUUGGAGAAUAUUUAUGCUUUGGUCUGAGCUAUGUUUGCCGUAGUUCAAAAGCAAAUACAUCUGGUCCUGCCUCCAGUUUUUUUCUGUGGGGGUGACUGUGGAACUGCUCAGAUGAGACAUCUCUUCCUUUUCAGGAAAGCCUUUGUAAACUUCAGCUACUUUUUAUUCUUCCACUCGGUGGUGGUGGGUUUGUUUUCCUGCCUCAUGAGAGUGUUACGCAGCACUGUCCUGGGAGCCUUCCUGAUUGGACGAUUGGACAGGCCAGUGAUGCCAAAGGGCUUUGAAGGCUGUGAUAAAGGUAAGCACCCCGAGAGACGGAUGCUGUGGAUACUGGGAAGUUCUCAAAAUACGGAACCGACCUACAUUUCCAAUGCAUCGUGGCUUCAUUGUGGGGAUGGAAGGGUGCAUUUGGCAUCAACAGGUGAAUGGUGUUUAUUUCACUGUAGCACACACGUCUUGGGUUGCAAUGCUCUUGAUGGACCACUACCACUCAAACCCCAUCCUUGUCUGCUUCUGCCACAUCCUGGAUACCAAAAUCAGACAGAGGCAAUGGCAAAAAGUCAAUGGACCCACCGAAAACACGGACAUGCGGGAAAUAGGUAAACUAUCAGAAAUGCUGGGAGUCUAUUUAACAAAGCUUAUAUGUUUGUGUGUCUCUAGCUGUUUCCUUCCUUCUUUCUUUCUUUCUUUCUUUCUUUCUUUGAUAUACUGCCCUUCCCCCAAGGAUGACAGGGCGAUUUACAGUACAGUCAAACCUUGUUUCCCGAAUGCCUCUGUUAUUCUAUGUUUCGGCUCCCGAAUGCCAAAACCCCGGAAGUAAAUGUUCCAGUUUUCAAAUGAUUUUCGGAAGUCGAAUGUGCUACACAGCUUCCAUUUUGAGUUUCCCUAUUGUAUCGAGGCUUCCGCUUUCAGUUUUUGGUUGUCAAACAUUUUGGAAGUCAAACGGCCUUCCGGGACAGAUUACAUUCGACGACCAAGGUUUGACUGUAUUAAAAAUAUGUAACAUAGUAACAAGCAAAACAAUAACACACACACACACUCCAUAGUUUAAAAGGCCAUUGAUUAAUUAGCCAAAGGCCUGGGAGAUGAGGAAUGCUUUUGCCUGGUACCUAAAGAUAUGUUUCGCAAAUCGUAACUCUGCAGUUGUGAGGAUGGCUCCAAAUAUCGCUACCACCAAGGAACUGAAAAAACGUACACAUUAAAAACUGUUUGUCCUGGAUGUUUUCUAAUUCUUAAAAACCCAAGCCCUUCUUCCCAAGAACAGAAAGUUCAGAAAUUCAAAAUUUGUUCUGGGCUAGCAAGGGCCAAUGGGAUGCAGGUGGCCCAGGACUUGCCAAUCAGAAGGUCGGCAGUUUGAAUCCCCGCGACGGGGUGAGCUCCCAUUGCUUGUCCCUGCUCCUGCCAACCUAGCACUUCGAAAGCACCCCAAAGUGCAAGUAGAUAAAUAGGUACCGCUCCGGCAGGAAGGUAAACAGCGUUUCCAUGUGCUGCUCUGGUUCGCCAGAAGCGGCUUAGCCAUGCCGGCCACAUGACCCGGAAGCUGUACGCCGGCUCCCUCGGCCAAUGAAGCAAGAUGAGCGCCGCAACCCCAGAGUCGGCCACAACUGGACCUAAUGGUCAGGGGUCCCUUUACCUUUACCUAGCAAGGGACAAACAAAAAAGACAUGUGCCCCACUUAUUCUUAGAUUGCCAACUUUUUCAUCAGCCCACUGCUCCUGGGCCUUGUAACAGCAGUUGGAUGUGAGGACAUUAUCAGCGUCUAUGCCAUGAAAAGCUUCCGCUACUGAUUUCUGCUGAGCAAGCAGCUUUUAAGUGCAUAAGAGCCGGCCAGUCCCACCCCACCCCCACCCCCGGCCAGUUGGCAACACUACAUAUUCUUUGAAAACCCCAUUCACUCACAGCAGCACUGGUCACAUUCCAUUCUAGAGUUUUGUUUUGUUUUGAAAGUCUCUGCUAUCCCAGCUGUACGAUUCGCUGUCCAAACAGUGAAUGUUAUAAGUACUGUAUGUGACUGAGUUUGACAGGUUGGCUAGUUGGUCCAACCAGGGCCAACCCAUCCAUGAGGCAGCAGAUCCCAAUUAUUCUUCCCUUGUUCCUGAUGUAGAUCUCCACUCAUCUCUUGUUGCCUGAUGGGGAGGGAGGCACCAUUUUGUGGUUUGCUUCAGGAGCCAACCCUAGGUCCAACCUACCAGACACCAAUUUCAAAUGUCUUUUGUGGUUGUACUGAAGGGCCAUUAAAAUGUUGUUCUCUAUAUGAUCCCAAAAACUCUUUGAGGCAUUUCCUCCUCUCUCAUGUGUUAUCCCAAAACCCCUACCUUUAAGGGGGGGGGGGAGGUUGUUACACCAGCCACAAGGACAAGGCUUUUUCUUGUUGCUUAGAUGUUACAGUGAAAAUAGGCCUCUCUCAGGAAUGUCUGGCAGAGAUCAAGAGCAAGGUUGAAUGGAUGUUAUUGUAACCCCAGAGGGAGGGAGGCUGAAACAGGAGGAAGGAGGGACUGGAAAUAAAGCUAAAUUCUAUACCAUUUCCCGUAAAUCACGUGUUUUCUGGGAAAUCAAAUGAUCAUCCGUCCCAGAGGGUAUAAAAAAGGCUGGCAAGCCCAGAGAAGGGGGGGCAGGCAAUGAGCAUUAGCUUGUCUGUACCAUUUUUGUCACGGCAAAAUAAAUAAUUAUUUUACUGCAGUCAAUUGACUCUUUGAAAGCGACUUCUGAGUGCUCCAAGGGAAAGGAACAAAAGGAAAGGUCUUUCAGAACAGUCAUUAGUCUGCCCCAGGGUGGGUUACGACAAUUAGAAGCCUAAUUUUUAAAAAGGAUUAGCAUUCAAGUGAAUAGGGUUGGUCCUAAGAUAUGUACAGUGGUACCUCGCAAGACGAAUGCCUCGCAAGACAAAAAACUCGCUAGACGAAAGGGUUUCUCGUUUUUUCAGCUGCUUCGCAAGACGAUUUUCCCUGUGGGCUUGCUUCGCAAGACGGAAACGUCUUGCAAGUUUGUUUCCUUUUUCUUAACACCGUUAAUACAGUUGCGACUUGACUUCGAGGAGCAACUCAUAGAACGCGGUGUGGUAGCCUUUUUUGGGGUUUUUAAAGACUUUGGUGAUUUUUGAAGCUUUUCCAAAACUUUCCCGACACCAUGCUUCGCAAGACGAAAAAAAUCGCAAGACGACAAAACUUGCGGAACGAAUUAAUUUCGUCUUGCGAGGCACCACUGUAUUUCAGGUAUCAAAGGCCAGGGUAAAGAGGUGCGUUUUCAGCCUCUGAUGAGAGUGGCUUAAUGAAAGCGCCAGACACACAUCUGUGGGAAGGGAAUUCUACAACUUUGGGGCUGCUACAGUGAAUGCCUUCUCUAGGGCUGCCAUCCCAUAAACAGCUGAGAGUGAUGGAACUACCAGGAGGGUCCCCUCCGCUGAUUUUGACCUCCACGAUGGUCUGGAGGGAAGGAGGUGGUCUUGCAGAUAUUUGGGGCCUAAAGGUACAAAUAAUAAAUUAUUACUAUUACCUGGAAACAAAAUGGAAGCCUUAUAAAUAGAGGUUGUGGUGCAUGCAUGUUGCUGAUGUUUGAAAAUUUAAUUGUCAGUCUUGUUUUUAGCUCCCAGGGUAUCAGGUAGAGCCAGGAAAAGAUGGCUGUUGCUUUACACGCUUUUGAACAACCCCAGUCUCCUGCAAUUCCGGAAGCGAAGACUAGGAUCUAAUCCUGUGGAUUUUCCACAGCCCUGUGCUGUCCCUCCAGGCGAUCAUUCGACAGGCCAAUUGGUGCGCUGGGAUCAUCAUGUUUAAUAUGUGGACUCUACGUGGACUGUAGAGAUGCCGUUCCUGAUGGUGCAACGACAAAAGCGGCGCAAGUUAUACUUGCUGAGAGUUGCAUUUAUUGACAGCUUGUUCCAUACGGCUUUCUAAAAAGAUAACCUGUUGUAUUUCCACCACAUUAUGCGUCAUGCCUUCCCUCCACAUGAACGCCUGGUCUGCCUGCCUGAUACAAUCGUUCAUAAACUAUACACAAGCCAUUGUCUCCAGGAAGAUUUAGGUAAUCUCUUUGAAGACCACACAAGCAUGCACUUUUUGUGUGUGCUGUCCCUACAAUUAUUUGACACUUUCCCCCCUGGCUAGACCCAGGGCUGUGCAAAGCUGGUAAUGGGCCCAGGCUGGACAGAAAAUGUAGGCCCCAUUUCAAACUGCUCGUGUCGUGCAUAAAAAGGUAAAGGUAAAGCGACCCCUGACCAUUAGGUCCAGUCGUGACCGACUCUGGGGUUGCGGCGCUCAUCUCGCUCUAUAGGCCAUGGGAGCCGGCGUUUGUCCGCAGACAGCUUCCGGGUCAUGUGGCCAGCAUGACUAAGCCACUUCUGGCAAACCAGAGCAGCGCACGGAAACACCGUUUACCUUCCCGCCGGAGUGGUAUCUAUUUAUCUACUUGCACUUUGACGUGCUUUCGAACUGCUAGGUUGGCAGGAGCUGGGACUGAGCAACGGGAGCUCACCCUGUCACGGGGAUUCGAACCGCCGACCUUCUGAUCAGGAAGUCCUAGGCUCUGUGGUUUAACCCACAGCGCCAACAAGUAACAGAACAGAACAAAUACUCAAAGUCGGCCUCCUCAGAAUCAUAGGCCUGUGCCAAUUACUCCCCGCCCCAGCAUCUUGCUCUGUUCUGCCCUGCCCUGCCCAGACCAGGGGAUCUAGAAUGAAAGCACAUCUGAGGUUGGAAAUCAAAGUAGAGUCAGUGACACUGUUUUAAUAACAAUGAGUUUUUGUUUUUUUUCCAAGUUGCCAAAUUGGAAUCCUGAGUUUCCAAACCAGUGACUUGAGCUGGUGCGUGCAUGAUUCCAAAACUGCUUUCAGAUGAUUUGUUCUCAAGGUUCCUUCAUUAGUUCUACUCGCUGAAAGUUUUCUUUAAAAAUGUUUGACGUUUUACUAUGUUUUUAUAUGUGUUGUAAGCUGCCCAGAGUGACUGGGGAAACCCAGCCAGAUGGGCUGGGUAUAAAUAAUAAAAUUAUUAUUAUUAUUAUU